UGCACUAUCAGAGCCCGGCAGAGCGCCCGGCCCCAUGCCCCAGGAGGACGACGCAGGGGACAGUGGAAGCUCAGAGACGACCAUCAGAGCAGGACCUGGUACCCGGUGGCUGGUCUGGGUGGGCUUUCCCAAGCCUUAGCUCAAGUCCUGAGUUCUGUGGCAGAUGGAAGCGAACACUUACUUGCAGGCAGCGAUAGAGGAGGCAAAGCGGCUGAGAGGAGGACGGGUGUGACGCGGUACUGAGUGUCCCGACCUGCUCCAUGGUGACAGCCAUGUCGGUGAGGGUGCGGUUCCUGUCCCCUGGGGACGCAGGGGCCGUGGGAACUGUGGGUCGGAGUGCCUCCUUCGCGGGCUUCAGCAGUGCGCACAGCCGGAGGAUCGCGAAAUCCAUCAACAGGAACUCCGUGAGGUCUCGAAUGCCGGCAAAACCCUCCAGGAUGUACGGCACGCUGCGGAAGGGCCCUGUCUGCCUGGACCCCAAGCCUCAGCAAGUGAAGAAGAUCUUUGAAGCAUUGAAGAGGGGCCUCAAGGAGUACCUGUGUGUCCAGCAGGCGGAGCUGGAUUACCUGUCAGGACGCCACAAGGACACCCGGAGGAACUCCAGGCUGGCUUUCUAUUACGACCUGGACAAGCAAACGCGCUCUGUGGAGAGGCACAUUCGGAAGAUGGAGUUUCACAUCAGUAAGGUGGAGGAGCUCUACGAAGGCUACUGCAUCCAGUGCCGCCUGCGAGACGGCGCCUCCAACAUGCAGCAGGCCUUCUCCAGGUGCCUGCCGAGUCGCGCCUCUCGAGAGAGCCUGCAGGAGCUGGGCCGCAGCCUGCACGAGUGCACCGAGGACAUGUGGCUCAUCGAGGGGGCCCUGGAGGUUCACCUGGGCGAGUUCCAUGUCAGGAUGAAAGGCUUGGUGGGCUAUGCGAGGCUCUGUCCUGGAGACCAGUAUGAGGUGCUCAUGCGCUUGGGCCGCCAGCGCUGGAAGCUGAAGGGCCGGAUAGAGUCGGACGACAGCCAGACCUGGGACGAGGAGGAGAAGGCCUUCGUCCCCACCGUGCACGAGAACUUCGAGAUCAAGGUGACAGAGCUGCGGGGCCUGAGCUCGCUGGCUGUAGGUGCAGUGACGUGUGACAUCACCGACUUCUUCACCACCCGGCCCCAGGUCAUUGUGGUGGACAUCACAGAGCUGGGCACCAUCAAGCUGCAGCUGGAGGUGCUGUGGAACCCGUUUGAUGCUGACAGCUUCCUGGUGUCGCCCAGCCCCAUGGGCAAGUUGUUUGUGGGCAGCCGGAAGGGCUCCUUGUAUAACUGGACGCCUCCGAGCACACCCAGCUUCAGGGAGAGGUACUACUUGUCUGUCCUGCAGCAGCCACCGCAGCAGGCCUUGCUGUUGGGCGGGCCGAGGGCCACCUCCAUCCUCAGCUACCUGUCUGACAAUGACCUUCGGGGCCCUGGCCUGCAGAGCCGGAGUCAGGAGCUGCCUGAGAUGGACUCCUUCAGCUCCGAGGACCCCCGAGACACAGAGACCAGCACGUCGGCUUCCACCUCAGAUGUGGGGUUCCUGCCCUUGGCCCUUGGCCCUAAUACCUCCAUUGAAGAGGAGGCCUGUGAGGACCCCUCUUCCCUGGGCCUCUUGCCAGAGAUGGCCCAGCUGGCGGGAGGCUCGUUUGUGGAGCAGCCUGGCUGGAGGGACCUGGGGGUGGAGAGCCCCAAUCUGUCACGGGGCUCCCCGAUGUACAACUGCAUGAUCCCCGGUAGCCGGGAAGGCCAGGAUGAAGGAGAGACUGAAGACGGAGUGGAUGGGACUGGCAUGGCCCUUGAGCAGCCCCUGCAGGAGGUUCUGGAGUUACUGAGGUCCACGGCCCCCACCCAGCCCCCGCUCCGGGAACUGGAGUACCAGGUCCUCGGCUUCAGGGACCGGCUGAAGCCCCGCGCUGCCCACCGGGAGCACGUCUCGGCCGAGAGCUUGAUGGAAUGCAUCCUGGAGAGCUUCGCCUUCCUCCAUGCUGACUUCGCCCCAGACGAGCUGUCCCUGUUUGGGGGCUCCCAGGGUCCCCGAAAGGAUAGGACCCUGCCCGCGCCGCCAUCGCUGAAGGCAUCGUCCAGGGAGCUGACGGCCGGCGCCCCGGAGCUGGACGUGCUGCUCACGACUCACCUCCAAGUCUGCAAAGCCCUGCUGCAGAAACUGGCCUCCCCUAAUCUGUCGAGGAUGGUCCAGGAGUGCCUCCUGGAAGAAGCAGCGCAGCAAAAGCAGGUUCUGGAGACGCUUUCUGUGCUCGAUUUUGAGAAAGUCUGCAAGGCGACAUCCAUUGAUGAGAUCAUUCCACAGGCCUCUCGGAGGAAGGGGUGUCUGAAGCUGUGGAGAGGGUGCACGGGGCUCGGCGGGGUCCUGUCCUGCCCUGCGACGGUGCUGGUGAACCAGCUCAAGAAAACGUUCCUGCACAGGGUUCGAGGGAAGUACCCGGGACAACUGGAGAUAGCGUGCCACAGGCUGCUGGAGCAGGUACUCAGCUGCGGCGGGCUGCUCCCCGGAGCCGGGCCCCCGGAGGAGCAGACCGUCACCUGGUUCCAGUUCCACAGCUACCUGCAGAAACAGAGCGUCUCUGACCUGGAGAAGCACUUCACCCAGCUCACCAAGGAAGUAACACUCAUUGCCGAGCUGCAGUGCGCCGGCCAGGCCAGGGCAGUCAAGAAGCUGCAGGGGAAGCGGCUGGGCCAGCUCCAGCCCCUGCCCCAGACCUUACGCGCCUGGGCUCUGCUCCAGCUGGACGGGCCCCCACGCGUGUGCAGGGCGGCCAGCUCGCGCCUGGCCAGUGCAGCCAGGAACAAGAGCUUCCGAGAAAAGGCUCUGCUCUUCUACACCAAUGCCCUGGCUGAGGCUGACCCAAAACUCCAGCAAGCCGCCUGUGUGGCACUCAAACACCUCAAGGGCAUUGAAAGCAUCGACCAGAUCGCCAGCCUAUGCCAGUCAGACCUGGAGGCGGUGCGGGCGGCAGCUAGGGAGGCCACACUGUCGUUUGGUGAAAAAGGACGCUUAGCUUUUGAGAAGAUGGACAGAAUUAGCUCCCAACAAAGAGAAGAAGCCUUUUGCCAGGAGGCAGAUGUUGAAAUCACAGUAUUUUAAAAAGCCUCGGCUGAUGGACUCUCAUCUGGCCCCUUCUUUUGCUACUGCCUCCAUGCAGCGACUGAGCUUUUUGGAGGGGGGGCACUGUGUGAGCUGGUGAGAGCUGUCCCCUGAGGCUCAGAGCCAGUCACAGAGGCCCAAGGAAUGAGUGGAGCUCUUGUACAGGAGGAGAAAAUGACAAACAGCACUCAGAGGGCUGCACGAGUCCAACCAAAUAUCUGUAUCUUUGGCUUUGGAAAUCCGUUUGACCUUCUCCAGGAUGCGGAGCUGGGUCAGCACCAGCUGGCCACGCCAGCAAAGGGGCCAAGGCCAGGCAGGUCGAGGUUUGAAGAAAAGGCUCAAUUCGAAUGUGUUGAACUCGAGGCCUCCCUUCCCAUCGCUGGCUCAGCAUUCUGGCUCAUACGUACCG